GAAAAGGAAAGGAAAUCGAGAGAGAGGGAGGGUGGAGGCAAGCGAGAGGAAGGUCAAGCCGGGGAGGACACGCACGCACAGAUCCCUCUCCCUCUCCUGCAUAUCUCCCUCUCUCUCUCUCUCUCUCUCUCUCUCUCUCUCUUCCCCUUCCGACGCGGCGAGAGCUUGGAGGAGGAGGAGAGGGGAGGGGAGGGGAGGGGAGAGGAGGCCGAGAUCCCGAGCCACCCCGGACGGCGAACCCUGCUCCGGUACCUUGGUCUAUUUGGGAGGAGCUUCCGUCGCGGUCGGAGGAUUUCGGGGCGCAGCCAUGAACGAGAAGGCCUCCGUCUCCAAGGAACUCAACGCCAAGCACAAGAAGAUAUUAGAAGGCCUCCUGCGGCUGCCUGAGAACAGAGAAUGUGCAGACUGCAAGUCAAAGGGUCCUCGCUGGGCAAGUGUAAACCUUGGGAUCUUUAUAUGCAUGCAGUGUUCUGGAAUUCAUAGAAGCCUCGGGGUACAUAUAUCUAAGGUAAGAUCUGCUACCCUGGAUACAUGGCUGCCAGAGCAAGUUGCAUUUAUUCAAUCAAUGGGGAAUGAAAAGUCAAAUAGCUACUGGGAAGCAGAGCUGCCCCCUAACUAUGAUAGGGUUGGGAUAGAAAACUUCAUCCGCGCGAAAUACGAGGACAAGAGGUGGAUACCGAGGAAUGGGACGUCAAGACCGUCAUCUGGUGCUAGAGAUGAGAAGAGCCCAGAGCCACAGGCUAGUGCUAGCAGGGGUGGACAUAAUCAAAGAUCUUCAUUUGAGCAACACCGUACUUCACCAGCGCCAGUGAGCAAAAUUGCUCCGGUAGCUUCUAGGAUUCCCACCCAGCAGGCAUCGCAUCAGCCAAAAACUAAACCUGUUCCCAAGGUUUCACCUCCUCAACCUGACAAAACACCAGUUAAAGUUGAUGCGACACCACCAAAAGUUGAGAAGCCAUCAGUUCCACCACCUCCUAAGGUUGACUAUGCGACUGAUCUCUUCAGCAUGUUAUCAAUGGAUGGAGCAACUGAGAAAGAACCAGAGUCAUCUUCUAAUGAUGAUAGUGCUUGGGAGGGCUUCCAGUCUGCAGAACCUUUACCUAGCUCAGACAAAAAGGAUUCCGCUAAGCCAGUAGAAAGUAAGCCCCAGUCCACAUCAGGCAUAGAGGACUUGUUUAAAGAUUCACCAGCGGUGACAGUAUCCUCAGCUCCAGUUGUUCCACAAGCAAAUGUGAAGAAUGAUAUCAUGAGUCUGUUCGAGAAGACCAGUAUGGUUUCACCAUAUGCUGUUCAGCAACAGCAGCUUGCUUUUAUGACCCCCCAGCAGCUUGCUCUUCUGUCUCAGCAGCAAGCUUUACUAAUGGCUGCUCUUAAAGCUGGAAAUGCACCCCAGAUGAUUCCAGGUAAUGCCGGUCUGCAAAAUGGUAAUGGUUCCAAUCCCGCCAAUGGAAACUUGCCUUUGCAUACCUGGACAAAUAUUGGUUAUCAGAACCCUGGGUUGACUCCAGCAGCAGGACAGAAUGGUGUCACCAAGGUCGCAAACAACAGUCAGGAAUUCUCUCCUGGGAACUUCAAUUUUAGUACACCAGGAGCAUACAACAUUAGUCCAUCUGUCCCAGCAAAUGGGGCCGCAAGUGCAGCUGCUAACAAGAGCACACCAUCUUCUACCUCUUCUUCCCUGCCCUCUCAAUCUGGCAAAGAUUAUGAUUUUUCGUCAUUAACUCAAGGAUUGUUCUCCAAGAGAUGAACCUCUUUGCUAUACUUGGAAAUUAAACAAAUGGACCUGUAUGCGAUGAUGAUUGAUGAACACGGCAGAUUUUAUUAGGAGAACUGGGGCCUUCUACACUCUUUUAUGAGGCAGCCUUUCUUCUUGUGGAUAUUACGUCACCUUGUAGCUGUCCUGGACAAAUAAGGGGAGGAAUAUAGCAACUAAUUUGAUUAUGUUGUUUCCUACAGCUGAAGAGAGUUUCAUAUUGUUCAUGAUGACGACCACUUUGAAUAGAGAGUGCCUUUGGCGAUGUUGGACUCACAUUUAUAAUAGCGUAAUACAGCUGUUUUAUUCCCUUUGUUCAUGCCAUAGUUAA